AUGAGCAGUAAUGAAACAUCUGGAGCUAGUAUGCUCCGUUCCAGAGCAAGAACCCUUUCCAACCCACGUGAUAUACAGGAACCGUUUCUUCUUAUCGAUCCUGGGAACCAUCCUGACUCUCAUUUCCAAAAGAGAAUGAGUCCCAUAAGAUACGCUAUUAGAUCCCAUUUGGUGCAAUUCACUACUACUCAAUCUGGCAAAUUGGCCAAAUGGCAAUCCAAACAUCGAACCCCCCUAUUAGAUGUUUUUUUCUCCUAUACAGCCAUAAUGGGGUCGCAUACAUUUUAUGUUGUAUGCCUACCGAUGCCCGUAUGGUUGGGACAAUAUGAGGUGACCAAGGAUUUGGUGUAUAUCUUGGGUUAUUCCAUUUAUUUAAGUGGAUUUUUCAAAGAUUUUUGCUGUUUACCAAGACCAAGAGCACCUCCAUUGCAUAGAAUUACCUUGAGUAAAUACACGGAGAAAGAAUACGGAGCACCAAGUUCCCAUUGUGCCAAUGCGACAGGUGUCACAUUAUAUGUCAUAUGGAGACUUUUCCAAAAUGGAACAUUUUCAUGGUUCUGGAAAUUGGUUGCCCUAGCGUUGGUCUCAUUCUAUUAUUUCACUCUUGUCAUCGGAAGAGUUUAUUGCGGAAUGCAUGGAAUGUUAGAUUUAAUUAGUGGUGCCAUUAUUGGGGUUAUUUGUAUGGUGGGGACCAUUCUUUUGAAAUAUUUUUUGAAAUAUGUCCCAUAUGAGACGUAUUGGUGGUUCCCCUUGUGGAGUGUCUUGUGGGGGUUAUUUUUGUUAUUUUAUCAUAUUGAACCCGUGGAUGAAUGUCCCUGUUUUGCUGAUUCUGUGGCGUUCAUUGGAGUUGUUGUUGGAUUGGAAUUGGGUGAUUGGACAAUGCAUAGGUGGAACUGGGCUGGCGUUUAUGAAAUUUAUUAUUCUGGAUUAGUUAAUUGUUUGGGAAAAUUUGUUGUUGGUGUCACAUGUGUUGUCAUUUGGAAGUAUCUAUUGAGUAAACCCAUUGUCUAUUGGAUUUUGAUUAAUGUCUUCAAGAUUUCUGAUGACAGAAAGGAAAACUCUAAAGAAUUAGAAAAAAGAAUCAAACAGAAUGAUAAAGAGUGUCCAUUGUUUGUUGGGUUUCCCAAGAUUGACAUUAUUGGAAGGUAUAUUAUAUAUGCGGGGAUCCCAUUAACAGUAUUAUUAGUAACGCCCAAGGCUAUAUCACUCUGUGGGUUGUGA